AGAAGUGGAGUACGUGGGAGCAGACGGAGGAGAGCAGAGAGACCUGGGGAUAUUUAACCACGGCUUGAAAACAAAGUUGUGUGGAAAUAUGGAGCUCCGACGGGUCAACUUUUUCUUCUUUUUAUUUAUUAACCAAGUUUUUAGCAGCCUUCAGUCGAAAGAACAAGUUUUACUAGAUAUGAGAGCUUCGGGAUCAGAGUUGGGGUGGUUGACGUUGCCUUAUGAGAAUGGGUGGGAGAUUGUCCAGACGGUGGUGAACGGCUCACUUCUGUACACCUACAGUGUUUGCAGCAUAGACUCUACUGAACAGGACAAUUGGCUAAGAACGACGUUCAUCCAGCGGCGCCCGGGGACCUCUCGGGUGUCCGUGGAGCUCCGCUUUGUUGUGCGAGACUGCAACACCUUUGAAGGUGCCUCUGUGGCCUGCAAAGAAACCUUCAACCUUUACAUCUCGGAGGCUGAUGCCGAUGUAGGGACCAACUUCCGUAAAGGCCAGUUCAAAAAAGUGGCCACCAUCGCUCCUGAUGAGGUCACAAGGGGUCGCGUGCUAAAAGUGAACAUGGAGACGAGGACGGUGGGGCCUCUGUCUAGAAGGGGCUUCUACCUGGCUUUUCAGGACAUGGGUGCGUGUGUGGCUCUGCUGUCUGCCAGAGUGUACUACAAAACAUGCCCGUCUACGGUGCAGAGCUUGGCGGCCUUCCCAGAGACCGUGGCGGACGCCCUGAGGGAGGUGGAGGGGGCCUGUGUGGAGAAUGCCAUCAGCCAGACCACCCCGCGCAUCUACUGCUCAGCUGACGGCGAAUGGGUGGUUCCCGUGGGCCAGUGCCAGUGUCUCGCAGGCUAUGAAACCACCGGGGACUCCUGCCAAGCAUGCAAACCAGGCUACUUCAAGCCAUUGGUAUCGAGCCAGUUAUGUCAGGUUUGUCCUGAUAACACCAAGCCCUCUGCAGCCGGCGCCACUGAGUGUCAAUGUGAGGAUGGUUUCUUCCGCUCCCCAUCUGAUCCUCUGACAUCAGCCUGCUCUGCCCCACCUAGUGCCCCUCGUGACCUGAGCUCCACCACCCUGUCAGCAGAGGGCAGGCUGCAGCUGUCCUGGAGCCGGCCCCUGGUGACUGGGGGCCGCAGUGACCUCACCUACAGCGUGGUUUGCGAGCUCUGUGAGGGCACCUCUUGUGUGCCCUGUGGGGAGAAGAUCCGUUUUGAGCCGGGUCCUACAGACUUGCAAGACACCACGGUCACUGUCAGUGAACUGGAUUCUCAUCUCAACUACACGUUCACUGUGGAGGCUCACAGCGGUGUGUCACAGUUCAGUGCUGAGAGGCCCACAGCGAGCAUCACCACAGCCCUCGACUACACAGAUCCCCCAAAGGUGACGUUGAUCCAUCUGGAUGAUCGCAGCCCCACCAGUCUGUCUCUGUCCUGGUCUCUGUCUCGCAGGCCUCCAGCCCACAUCAAUCACCGCUACGAGCUUAUGUACCGCAGAAAAGAUGAUGAUGGGGAAAGCGAUGUGACCACCUACACAGUCCUGAUUUUGGAGAAAAGUUCAGUCCAGAUUAACGACCUCACCCCAGACACCCCUUACAUGUUCAGAGUCCAAGCAAUGAGCCCUGAAGGCAACCCUGGCAGCUACAGCUUGGAGCAUGAGUUCCACACUUCACCUUUAGCCGAGUCUCGGGUCCAAAACAACUCCACCAUAGUGAUGGGAGCUGUAGUUGGAGUUGCUGUUAUCCUGCUUGUGGUGGUGGCCGUACUGCUGCUGCGUAAACGGAGACUGAGUGUUCGUCGUAGAGGAGGACCAGAAGAUCCCUACUUCUCAACAGAUCAGCUGAAGCCUCUGAAGACUUAUGUUGAUCCACACAUGUAUGAGGACCCAAACAUUGCCAUCCACAAGUUUGUCACAGAAAUUGACUCCAACGCCAUCAGCAAACAAAAAGUCAUCGGAGUCGGAGAAUUUGGGGAAGUGUUUCGGGGAGUGAUGAAGACUCCCUGCAAAGGGGAGGUGGCCGUGGCGAUAAAGACCCUGAAGCCAGGGUACUCAGAGAAACAGAGACAAGACUUCCUGAGUGAGGCCAGCAUCAUGGGUCAGUUCUCACAUCCAAAUAUCAUCCGCCUGGAGGGGGUUGUCACAAAAUUCAAGCAUGCCAUGAUAGUGACAGAAUACAUGGAGAACGGAGCACUUGACUUAUAUCUGAAGGACCGUGAUGGAGAGAUCCCGUCAUAUCAACUGGUGGGGAUGCUGCGUGGAAUAGCUGCUGGAAUGAAAUACCUCUCUGAUAUGAACUACGUCCACCGAGACCUUGCAGCAAGAAAUGUUCUGGUCAACAGCAACCUGGAGUGUAAAGUGUCAGAUUUUGGCCUGUCACGUGUUCUGGAGGAUGAUGCUGAGGGCACCUAUACAACAAGAGGAGGUAAAAUCCCAAUCCGCUGGACAGCCCCUGAGGCCAUCGCUUACAGGAAAUUCACCUCAGCCAGUGAUGUGUGGAGCUUCGGCAUCGUUAUGUGGGAAGUCAUGGCAUUUGGAGAACGGCCCUACUGGGACAUGAGUAAUCACGAGGUCAUGAAAGCAAUCAAUGAGGCCUUCAGGCUUCCUGCUCCGAUGGACUGCCCAUCCGCUAUCUACCAGCUCAUGCUCCAGUGUUGGCAGCACGACCGCUCCAAACGACCUCGCUUCUCAGACAUUGUUAACAUUUUAGACAAACUACUGCGAAGCCCAGAGUCUUUAAAAACCAUCGCUGACUUUGAUCCACGCGUUUCCAUCCGCCUACCAAGCACCAGCGGCUGUGACGGCACCAUGUUCAGGUCGGUGCCUGAGUGGCUGGAGUCCAUCAAAAUGAGCCAGUACAACGAAAGCUUUGCUCGGGCUGGGAUCACGAGCAUGGAGCAGGUGCUCGCCUUGAGGCAUGAAGACAUCAGGAAUAUUGGAGUGCGGCUGCCCGGUCACAUGAAGAGGAUAGCAUACAGCAUCUUGGGUCUGAAAGACGAGACCAGCUCUCUCAGCGUGUUUGCAGUGUGAUCUAAGCAUUCCUCCAAAUCAAAGUGCACUGACCGACCAUGCCAUUUCACUCCAGGACAAGGAGGACUUCUUGUGGGGGGGGGGUUGAAACUGAGCUGUGCUGCAGGUUUUUUUCCCUCCUCUGUGACACAGUGUGGCACUACUGAAGAGGACACCUCCAAGCACCUCAGAAUGGACUGAGAUUAAAAACACUUAUGUACUUUAUAACAGAGGACAAAUAAUUUAUCUUUGUAUACCAAUGUUUUAUAUGUUGAACAUAAAAAGUGAUCCUCUAAAUGAAACAAUUAUAAAGUAAGUGCAAAAUGUAAGACAAUGUAUGAAUACUUGUCUUCCAUUUCCUGAAUGACUGAAAUACUUCAUGCUCUUCGUGAUUAAGAGCUUUUUCCUCCAAGCACUCACUUUAUCCUGCCGGUGUUUCUGGAUCCUCAAUCUGUUGUUUCGUCUUCUGUGAAUUAUGAAUUAUGAAUUAUUUCUUUUAACUUUGGAAAAUGAUUCCACUCAGGGCUAAGAAUCACACAUUCUUAUGUUUUGUAGUUAUUCUAUGUAUCCCAGUUUUUUUCCUCAAGCUGUUUGUUUACAUCAUGUCUUAAUACAAUUGUCCAUUUUAUUUAAUAUUUAUUUAGUUUUAUAUUUAUGUAAUUUGUUACAUAUAUGUGCCGCAUGUAAGCCAGGCGGUGUAUUUUUGUGUUUAAAUAAAAUCAGUGUUGCCUUGUGA